AUGGUCUCCUCCAACGAGAAAACUGGCCCCUCUGGUAGCAACAACGGACCGCCACCGUUGCCCGUGCGCCCUACCUCACCUCCAGUCACGACUCCGUUGCUUGGCGGAUUUGGCUUUGCGUCGGCUUCGUCCAGCUCACUCAAUGUGCAUACACCCCACGAACGCCUCAUUCUCGAGCUGCUUCCGUUCAAGGAUGCUUCGCAAUUCCGCGAGUGGCUUGCGUUCCUCGAGGGUGACUGGGAGGAGUACUGCCGCGACUAUUUGGACCCUCAGUAUUUUACGGCGCUCUACGACGAGUCGGGCAAUGCCGUUGAGAUCCCUGACAAGGCUCCCAGCGACCCCGAGCCCGACAAGGCGGCGACAGCACAGCGGGCCAAGGACGCCAUCAACAACCAGUCGGUCAUUUUCCUGGCGUACCACCCGGACAAGACGACGUGGACGCCCGAGGACCACGCCGUGCGGUUCCUGGCCACGGCCAUUGCAGACAGUCUGCUGCGUAAAGUCUGGGGCGAGCGUGACUGGCGCAAGCGGCCGCUGGAGAUUGCCAAGGCAGUGUAUGAGGUGCUGAGCUAUAAGCGAGCUGGUUACGUCGGAUAUCAGCAGCAGCUGUGGGCGAUGCGACAACAGCAGAGGCAGCAGCCGCAGCAACAUACGUCUCAACAGCAGGAGGCGGCCACUCUAGAGCGGCUCCGUCGCCAGCACCAGCCGAUGCCAGCGCGCCGUCCUCAUCCCGACGAGAUGAUGGACAACCCGCCCGACUACAAUGCGUAA